GAAAGAUUGAUCCGCCUUCCCGUUCGGCGCAUGGUACAUUCUCCGGAGUGGGGGAUCUCGAUAGAUCUCCUUGAGUAGCCCGACACUCCUAUCUCGCAAUUACUUCCUUCGAAGGGGGCUACAGGGGUUUUUGAAAUUAUGUCGUCAAACAAUGGGCUCUCAUCCCCUGGGAGCAGCACAUAUUCGUCCGAUACACUGCAUGUUGGCGAUGGAACAUGGGAUAGCUCUCGGGAUACCUUCCUCCUGCCAAAUCUAAUGGGACUGAAUUUUGAUACUAUGCAAUACAAUGGCAUGGGGAACAGAUUUCGCGAUAUGCCCGAGUACCAUUCCUUGAUACUAGCACAUGGGGUUAUUGGAACUAUGGUAUUCCUUGGUUUCGUUCCUUUCUCAAUCUUAAUACUUCGAUACUACUCUUUCAGGGACUCGUAUUUGGCUUUCAAGUUGCACGUAUGGGCUCAAGUUCUGACCUUGCUGCUGUCCACCGUUGUCUUUCUGCUCGGCUGGUUUGCUGUUGGUCCGAAGAGGAGUCUGACGAACCCGCAUCAUGGAAUUGGACUCGCAAUCUACGUCAUGGUCAUAUUCCAGGUCCUCUGGGGCUGGCAUGUUCACAGAACGGAACGCCGCAGGAAACGACGCGAUGUCCCACUGAAAGUAGUGAUUCAUCGUUGGGUUGGCCGCGCACUUGCUGUCUUGGGCGUUAUUCAAAUCCCGCUGGGACUCACUCUAUAUGGUUCUCCAAAGGCGCUGUUCAUCAUAUUUGCAAUCGCCGGCUUUGGACUCCUUGCCACCUUUCUGGUUCUCUCUUAUGCAUAUGACACUCGUGGAUACUACUAUAUGGAGCAUGAUUAUGAGGACCAACAUAGCCGUGUCUCGGGACGUUCGGAUCAUCGGGGCAGACAUAUGGCUGCAGCUGCAGCUGCAGCAACUGGUUUGGCUGCUGCCUUUCGACAUCGUCCACGGAGUAGACACACAAGCAACUCGUACGAAGAUUCCCAUCUCUCGGACGUUGAAGAAAAAUACUCCGAUGAGCCAGCCCCGCGGCGCAGCGGCUGGGGGAAAAGACUUCUCGAAAUUGGUGCCCUCACCGGUGGUGCCGUUAUGGUGAAGAAGUAUUUUGACAGGAGACAGCGUAGGGAUAGUGACACUGAAUCCGGUGGAUACCGACCUGCCCACUCACGGACUGCCAGCAUGACGGAAGAAUCCCUGAGCAGGGUAGAAGGGGGGCGGCGGGAACCCAGUCACCCAGCAGCUCACAGUCAGCCAUUAAGCAGGUCGCCGAGCAGAUCAUCGAGUAGAUCGCCAUCACCAAGCAGACCCCCAGGCAGAGCUCGGAGUCCCUACUCAAGCUAUUACACGGAUAGUGGCUAUUACCAUGAGCACGAGAAUGCCCAACAGUCUCGUCCAUUCCGGGACGCACUCGCUGGUGCCGGUCUCUUUGCAGCCGCCAGAAAAUUAUUCGGUAGCAACAAGAAAAAGGAAGAACAACGACGAGUGGAUGAGAUUCUCCGUCAUGAUGCCGAACAAGAAAGGAUUGCAAGAGCAAAUAGCAGGAGGUACACCGGAGAUGGGACCUUGCCCCGAAGGGAUAGGAGAACCAACACCCUCAGCACAACCGAUAUAUCGUCUGAUAGAUCUACUCCUCAUGGAGAAAGACCUGUUGCCUCGGGAGCAAUCAAUCCACCGAUAUCUCCCGUUCCUCCAAUGCACCAUAGCUCAGCCCCAUCUCUUACGGCGGAUGAUCCACAUUCUCAGCGAGCACACUCACCUGCAGCAGAGGCUCACGAUGCGGUUGUGCCUCCUCAUCGUCAUGAAGAGCAUGUGGAAUCGCCCCCAGUAUCGCUCAAAGUCAAAAUGCAUAACGACGGCAGAAAUAUUACGCUUCGCAGAUUGACGGAAGAGGAGGCAGCAGCUAGCCGCGAAGCAAGACGAGAACGGCGGCACUCACAUCUUCGUCGUGGCAGUGCAAGCUCCCUGUCAGGAAACGAAGCCGGGUAUGACCGAUGGCGCCGCGUGGAAGAAUUGGAGCGUCAACAAGAGGAGCAGAUUCGGAGAGAGCAAGCUGCCGCCUCCGCCGCAGCAGCAGCAGCGCCCAUACCACCCCCUCCCCAUAUUCCUCCAGCAGAGAACAUGCCCACUGGUAGUAUGCCAACUUCCGCGCUACCUUCUGCUGGCAUGGCGUACAUACCACAGCAACCACCGCCACCCCAUGCCCCAAUCCAGUCCCAGACUAGCUUACCUUACGGAAGCUAUACUUCGCCCACUUAUACGGGAACAGAGGCUAGUGGAGACUAUGCAAGCAAUCGCAGACGAAGACGCGCGGAACGAGCACGGACACGGCAGGACAGACAACAGCAUGGUGUGGAAUUUACUUGAUGCACACCAUCAAGCAUCUCAAAAGGAUCUUCUACUUGCCAUUACCCAUUUGCCCUACAACAUGUUCCUUCUACCAACUACUCUCUCUCUUUCUCCCUUUUAUGGCCCCUUUGUUUAAGCAUCCCUACCUUAAUUACGAAUUCAGUUUGGAUGCGAGAAACGGGUACGGAGGAUUUAUAUCCUGAAGAAAAGACGACCCGGAUGUAUUAAGCAGAUAUGGAUAUGGAUGGAUAUGAACGUAUACCCUUGGAUGAAUUUUUUUAUUUAUUUAUUUAUUUUCUUUGUUUUUCUUUUCCUGCUCCUUCCCCAAAGUGCGGUUCUUCAUUUCAGGAGAUUUCCUUGUGUCUUGAUUACCUAUUUUCAUGUAACUAACUAUUCUUCUUUUUUUCUGACCCCCUAUGGUUUUUCUGAUGAUUUAUUGUUGAAACCUGUCUGUGUUCUAUCUCCUUGGUUGGCCUUUAUUUGGUUCUUUUUUAUUUUAUGACCUCUGAAUACAGAGUGAAUUGAGGCUCGGGUGCUUGAGUAUGAUAAUAUAUGCAAUGCGAGACACGUUCAUAGAGUAAAUAAAU